UAGAUUAUAAGAGUAAAGAGGGAGAUACUUUUAAUAAAUUUAAUUAUAAAGAAGAUGAAGGAUCAAAUAAGGUAGAAGGAUAUUAUAUUGAAUAUGAAAAAAACUCUACCUUAUAUCUUACUAAUAUUGAAGAAAUAUCUACUAAAGAUGAAGAUAAUAAAGAAGAAUCUAUAGAAAAAAGGAUACAAAAAAUA